AUUACACAGUCUGGCAACCUAAAAUUUGCAUGGACGGAAUGCUUUCGGCGUUUCGGCUUUCGCGCUCCUCCGGGCAGCUGUUCGUUCUGUACGGCGAAGAAACUUCGGUGUUUAAUAGCUUUUAGGGAUUCCUGUGGAAACGACUAGGAUGCCCAUACAAAUAUCGAUAUGGCGACAGCUGUGCCGGCCUGUCAGUGACCUCGGAAGAAGAGGCAUCAGCAGCAGUAGUGACAAGCCGAAAAGGGUCGUCGUCACCGGUCUGGGCAUGGUCACGCCCUUGGGGGCUGACGCCAAGACCUCGUGGAGCCAGCUUAUACAGUCACAGAGCGGCAUAAGCCGGCUGGGAAAAGAGUUCGACGGUAUUCCCUCCAAGAUAGCAGGCCGUGUUCCUACCGAUUCUUCUCAAAACCCGUCACCGUUUGACGUACAUAAAUUCGUUUCCAAGUCGGAGCUGCGUAACAUCUCAAUGGCAGCUGCGUACGCCCUCGCUGCAGCGAAAGAAGCGCUAGAUGACGCCCAGUGGCACCCGGAUUCGGACGCUGACUGCAGAGCAACGGGAGUAGCAAUCGGCAAUUGCAUGUGUGACCUGGAAUAUGUUAUCGACACCGGGAUGGCGUUAAGGGAACAGGGCUUCAAAAAACUUAGCCCGUUUUUUGUUCCAAGGAUUCUUACGAACAUGCCGUCUGGGCUUGUCAGUAUUCAGCACAAGUUGAAAGGCCCCAAUCAUUCGGUUGCGACGGCGUGUGCGACGGGCGUGCAUGCCAUAGGCGAUGCGUUCAGCUUUAUACAGCGCGGGUACGCCGACGUCAUGGUCUGUGGUGGCACAGAGGCUAGCGUGUCGCCCAUCAGCGUUGCUGCCUUUGCAAGGAUGAAAGCUCUCAGCACCGCCGAGGACCCUGCCACGGCGUCGAGACCUUUCGACAAGAACAGGGACGGCUUUGUUGUAGCCGAAGGGUGUAGUAUUCUCAUUCUGGAAGAACUGGAGCAUGCGAUUGCCAGAGGAGCAAAGAUUUACGCCGAGGUUCUAGGAUACGGGCUCUCAGGGGAUGCUUUUCAUAUCACGGCAGCCGCCAAUGACGGCGCAGGUGCGUUCGCCUGCAUGGAGUCCGCACUGAGAAACGCUCGUGUCAACGUCCAGGAGGUUGGUUACGUGAACGCUCACGCCACGUCGACGCCGAUUGGGGAUGCCGCUGAAGCGGCAGCGAUCCGCCGCCUACUAGGCGACAACUUUAGCAAAGUGGCUGUGUCCGCUACCAAAGGCUCCACAGGUCACCUCUUGGGAGCAGCCGGCGCCACGGAAAGUGCAUUCACGGUACUCGCUGUUCGCGAUGGAGUGAUUCCACCUACGCUAAACCUCGAAUGCCCAGAUGUCGGUGCCGAUCUCAACUUUGUUACUCAUCAGUCAGCACCUUGGAGAACUGAGAACGCGACUAGAAGGGUUGCGAUUAAGAACUCUUUCGGGUUUGGGGGCACGAACGGUUCGCUUGUUAUAGCAGAGUACAGAAAAUGACACCGUUUGUCCUAUUAUAUUUUAGUGUGCCGAAUACAGUCUGUUGUAAAAUACGCAUUAUUAAAAACAAGCAUGUUUACAAAGCUGUUGGUCCGGAGAAUAUUAAAUAUUCGAAGGACUCGUUAGUGAAAACAUCGAUGUUUUGCAAGCAGAUCUUUAUUGCAGGCGUGUUUUCGCUGGCGCUGUCGUGCUACCACGAUAUCGACGGACAUGCGCAGCCAGCACCUAGAGGUAGUGUGCAAACCACACCGUGAUGCAUACGGUGCAUACACUGCACGGUCUUGAGCGGAAUUAAAUGGACAGGAAAUGCCCGAGGUAAAUCUAAACCUUUUUUUUUUUUUUUCGGCACUGACGAUACUCCGACGGUUUUCCUUCGGUAUCAUAUAGUGCGCCAUCGAUCGAGAUGCAGCGCAGUUUGCGGUGCUUAAACGCCAGUUUUAAGAUGGACACCUUCAGCGUAACGCUGAUUCUUGCUAUCGGUUCCAAUGGGGCUCAACUGACAAUUUUUUUACCCCACUCACUAGGGACGCAUUCGAGCCCGAUCGGGAUCAGAUUUCUCGAUCGCGAUUGGCUCUUUUGCGCGAGCUGCAGAAUGCUGCCAAUGGCAGUCGAGGAAUUCGAUCCCGAUCGUGCUUGAUAGCGAUCAAAAAUGCCCCGUGUGACUAUGACGGUGAUCGUUAAAUAAACGAAACGAAUUUGUGUUAGCAGUGAGAAGCUUGAUUCUGGAAUUGAGUCUACCAACUGUUAUAAUGUUACUGUCGAACCCGAAUAUAUCAAAUCUGAAGGGGAUCACAAAAAAGCUAGAUAUAUAGGUAAUUUGAUAUGUAAAAUAAAAA